AUGGAAAGAGUAAAGGAAGGUGGACGUCAAUUAGUUGCUGGGGGAACUGCUGGGAUGAUUGAAGUUUGUUUAAUGCAUCCUUUGGAUUUGGUUAAGACAAGGCUUCAAAUUGGUGGGGGACAUUAUAAGGGACUUUUGGAUUGUUGUAGGCAAAUAAUUAGAAAAGAAGGACCUUUGGGUUUCUACAAAGGAAUACUUCCCCCAAUACUUGCCGAAACCCCAAAACGAGCAACUAAAUUUGCAACGUUUGAUCAAUACAAAAGUUUAUUGGAGGCUUUACAAGAAUUUCAAAUUCCUUCGUAUGCUAGACUUUCACUUGCUGGAUUAAUGAGUGGAAUUACUGAAGCUUUUGUUAUUUGCCCAUUUGAAGCAGUCAAAGUUCGCCUUCAAUCAGAAAUGAAUGUUUCCCUUACUCAACAAAAAAGUGCAGUAACAAUGGCUAAAGAAAUAAUUAAAACAAAUGGUUUGGGCACAAAUGGAUUAUACUUAGGGCUUGGGGCUACUUUAUGGAGACAUGGUGUUUGGAAUCUUUUUUAUUUUGGUUUAUAUCAUAAUUUGAAAACUUUGAUUAUUUCAACCCCAACUCAACAAUCAUCCUCACAAACAAAUUCAUCGGGUAGUGUACUCCUAAAACUUGGACUUGGAUUUAUUUCUGGUUCAAUAGCUUCUAUUGCAAAUAUUCCUUUUGAUGUCGCCAAAAGUCCCCAACCAAAAGGAAAAUCUAGAACAUAUAUUACAACUUGGCAAACAAUUUCAUUAAUUAAACGAGAAGAGGGUAUAGCUGCACUUUAUAGGGGAUUAUUACCUAAAGUAAUGAGACUUGGUCCUGGAGGAGGAAUUAUGUUGGUUGUUUAUGAGACUGUUUAUGAAUUUUUAUCUAAACACGCAUAG